AUGGCCGCGACUACUCCAUCGGCGGCGGCAGACGCCGGUGUCAAAUCCAAUGUCGAAACUACAGAAUCUAUUCACAAGCCCACGAACGAGAAGAGCCGCAAAGGAAAAGACAAGGCCGCUGAGCUGCUCGCCUCGAACGAACGUAUUGUGGUGACGUCGGAGGAAAACAAGCGUGUGCUGAAGAAGAUUGAUCUCAUCAUUCUGCCCAUUCUGCUCAGCGUUUAUUUCCUCCAGUCCCUCGACAAGACUACGCUCUCAUACGCAUCCGUCUUUGGACUCAUCGAAGAUGCAAAUCUCGAUCCAAAGUCGCAGCAGUAUUCCUGGCUGGGAAGUAUCGUUUACAUUGCCCAAUUGGUGGCACAGCCGCUCGUCGCCUUCUUGCUCGUCAAGAUGAGAAUGGGAAAAUUCAUUGGCGCCAUGGUCUUCACAUGGGGAUGCAUCCUUUGCGGUAUGGCAGGUGCAAAGAAUUUUGAGGGACUCAUGGCGACACGGUUUCUUUUGGGCGCUUUUGAAGCUGCAGUCGCUCCCGCAUUUAUCGCUGUAGUCCAAAUGUGGUACAAGCGCGGCGAACAAACUAACCGAAAUGCGGCCUGGUAUGCCAUGCUGGGCAUUGUCAACAUUCUUGGCAGUCUGCUAUGCUAUGGUCUCGGACACAUCAACUCGAAUCUUCUACACUCAUACCAGAUCAUCUUCCUGUUUUGUGGACUCCUCACCGUUGUGGUGUCGAUGUUCGUUUGGUUCUUCAUGCCCGACUCUCCCAUGGAGGCAAAAUUCUUGACCGAGCACGAAAGGCUCAUCGCGGUUGAGCGUCUGCGUAUGAACCAGAUGGGCGUUGCAUCUCGAGUUUGGAAGUGGGACCAUGUGUUCGAGGCAUUCCUGGACAUCAAGACAUGGCUCUGGUUCUCCAUGUUGACCGCCAUCAGUAUUCCGAGUGGCGGCAUCUCCGCCUUUGGUCCAUUGAUUAUUCAAGGUUUCGGGUUCGGGAAGUUUGAGACCAUCUUGUUCAACAUGCCCUUUGGCGUUGUGCAAAUCGUCGCGACGGUUGGCGGUGCUUGGCUGGCAACAUGGCUCAAGAAGAAGUCGCCUGUCCUCAUCCUGCUAUGUAUUCCACCCAUUGUCGGCAUCGUCAUCCUCAUGGUCGUUGGACGCGGUCCUUCAAACCGCGGCCUUUUGCUCUUUGGGUACUAUAUGACAUCAUUUUAUCCGGGUAUCUCGCCACUCAUCUAUUCCUGGUCAGGCCAAAACACCGGUGGAGACACCAAGCGCAAAGUCACUACCAGCAUACUAUUUAUUGGUGCCAGUGCAGGAAACAUCGUUGGGCCUCAGAUCUUCAAGCCGUCUGAAAAGCCGUACUACAAGCGCGGUCUGCGCGUGUGUCUUGCCCUCUUCAUCCUCAUCAUUGUUUUGAUCUUGGUAGCAAUGCUAUGGAUCAAAUUGUUGAAUCGCAAGCAUGCCGCAACACGAGAGAGUAUGGGCAAGGCGGCUGUUGUUGUCGACACAAGCAUGGGAAACGCUGUUGAAGGGAGCGCCGAAGAAGCCGAGCACGAGGCAAGCGGGGUGGGCGACAAGGCCUUUGACGAUGUGACUGACCUCAAGAACGAGGAUUUCAUUUACAUCUACUAA